GAUCAUAAAUUUGGUUCGUUUCCAAAUGUCAAAAAUUGUUUUUAUUGUUCUAAGUUUACGUUUUAUUUUCGCGAUUUAAGUAAAAUAUCGCUUUAAAAAAUGGGUCUUACUGAUUGUUUCGCGAACUUAAGCAUGCCGUCGUGUAUUUGGUUCGAGGGGGACAAAAGAAACGCUUAUGCCUCCAUGUUGUCAGGCUUUUUGUUUUUCACUGGUUGGUGGAUAAUUAUCGAUUCGGCUACGGUUCUUCCAAACCAGAUCCCAGCAGGCUAUUGGAUGUGCGGUGUGGCAGGAACUAUAUCCCUGAUCAUGGUCAAUUCUGUGUCGAAUGCACAGAUGAGUGGAGAUACGUACGAAGGGGGCUGUUUGGGAACCAGAGGAGCAAGAAUUUGGAUAUUCUUAGGGUUUGUUAUGGGCUUCGCGGCUGUCAUUGCGGCGUGCAGUAUCCUUUUCGCAGUUUACAUUAACAAAGAUGUGAAAUCUCCAGGAGUUUCUCUGUUUCUACACAAUGUUUUAAUAUGUAUUGCAUCGAUAAUAUUUAAGUUUGGCCGAUCCGAAGACGUCUGGGGCUAAUAAGUUUAAUUCUGAUUGAUAGAUAAGUUAACGAACUGUGUAAAGUAAUGUAAGCUAGACUAAAAUAAAUGUUUAUUUAUAUGA